AUGUCGUGGGCAUAUCUGGCAGGAUUCCAGCUCCUCUUAAAUGGUUAUAAACUCAUUUCGCUUGGGGUUUGUGGCUCUCUGAUCAUUAUCCACCUCUUCCUUCAAACAGUCUUUGCCUUAUUUGAGUGCAGCACAACAAAAGAUAAUGUCUUGCAUCGCAGUAGUGCCAAGUCGGUAGCCAUAAUCAUACCUGCUUAUCAGGAAGACCCUUUGUACUUGACACAGUGCCUUAACUCUGUGAAGAACAUUGAGUAUCCAAGUCACGAGCUGAGAAUCAUCAUGGUUAUUGAUGGGAACUCAAAAGAAGACCAAUACAUGAUGGACAUGUUCAAGGAGGUUUUCUGCAAGGAAGAUAUUGGGACGUAUGUGUGGGAAGGCAAUUAUCACUCAAGAAACUUUAAUAGAGUUAUUCAGAAUAAAGAGGAGGAUAACAACAAGCGACCAUACAGAGACCCUGUCAAUUUGUUUUAUGGGGAGUCAUGUAUUGGAAAUCCAGAGAGAUUAGAUGUGGAGUCACUAAUCAGGAACAAACAUUUUGUUUGCAUCAUGCAGAAACGGGGAGGAAAAAGAGAAGUAAUGUAUACAGCCUUCAAAGCUAUUGGGAAUUUGGUGGAUUAUAUACAGGUCUGCGAUUCUGAUACAAAACUUGACUCACGUGCAACCAUGGAACUUGUUAAAGUCUUAGAUUCAAAGGAAAACUAUGGAGCAGUUGGAGGGGAAGUCCGAGUACUCAAUGUUACCGACUCAUUUGUUAGCUUCAUUAGCAGCCUGUGUUACUGGAUCACGUUCAAUAUAGAACGAGCCUGCCAGUCUUAUUUUGACUGUGUGUCCUGUAUCAGUGGACCUUUAGGGAUGUACAGGAAUAACGUGCUUCAACAGUUACUAGAGCCCUGGUAUAAUCAGAGAUUCUUGGGAAUCCGGUGUACGUUUGGGGACGAUCGUCACCUGACUAACAGGGUGCUUAGUCUGGGUUACUCCACCAAGUAUACACCCAAAGCUUGGUGCUACACAGAAACCCCAGCUCAAUAUCUGCGCUGGCUCAAUCAACAAAUACGAUGGUCCAAGUCUUUCUUCAUAGAAUGGUUCUACAGUUCUCUCUGGUGGCAUAAACAAAGUCUGUGGAUGACAUAUGAGUCUGUAGUUAUGGGAAUGUUGCCAUUCUUCUUGAUUGUGGCCAUUGUCAAGAUAUUCUAUCAUCGGUGUCUCUGGGAUAUCCUCUGGGUGCUCCUCUCCUUUCAUUGCAUUGCACUGGUCAAAGCAUUCAAUGCUGCAUGCUUGAAUGGGGGUAUGGUGAUGAUGUUAAUAUCUCUGUAUCCUAUCAUCUAUCUGAGUGGGCUGCUGCCAAUUAAAUGCUUUUCACUUCUUACCAUUACCAAUACCAGCUGGGGAACAUCUGGACGCAAAGAAAAAGUCAAAAACUACAUCCCAUUGCUUCCACUCUUUAUUUGGGGGUUCAUCCUCCUUGUGGGUUUAAUUGAGACUGUAUUCACAGAGACUGAAAGAUCUUGGAUCCAUGCUGAACAGCCAUUGUAUAAAUACUACGCACUCUAUGGAUCACUGGCCUUGUUUGCAUACUGGGCAUCUAUGGUUGCAAUUUAUCAUAUAUGGUCAUGGCAGCGGUGCAGAAGAAACACUGCAAUGUACCGUGUUGAAGUGUAG